AUGUCAGGUCACAACAAAUACGAAAAUCUUCUAAGAAAUGAUCAAAAUAUCCGAUCUCUCAACGGGAUUAGCUUUAAAUUCAGCAAACCAGCAUUUUCCAGAAAACUAACGCGAUGCACAUUUUCCGACGCAACAAGGGGGUGGGUUUACACCAAAUCGGAUAUUCGUAUUUCUCAGACGGAGGUUUUCCUCCUCAAUAAAGCUUCGGAAAAAUUGCCAUGGACGAACCUUGUUCUGGCAAACGUGUCAUUUCCUGAUCCCGACAACAAGGCUUCUUCUUCGUCGGGCUUUGGAGUUUCUGGGGAGCAUGGCCCAAAGCCCUCCGAAGUUUAUGGAUUUGUUGGAUCCAUUACCACUGUUGUUGCCACAGUCAUUUUUAUUAUAUGGGCAUAUUUUCCUGACCGUUGGUUGCAUUCUAUUGGGAUCUAUUACUAUCCAAGCAGGUACUGGGCACUGGCUGUGCCAACUUAUGUAAUGGUGACGGUAGUACUUGCAAUUGGAUUUUACAUCGGCUUGAACUUUAUGGCUACCCCUCCUCCAACCUCCUUGAGCACAAUGUUUGAUGAAUUCAGUAGAGAACAACUCAGUGGCAUUCCCUCGACUGAUGAUGAUGAGCAGCCCAUUGAGCCCAUAUCUGACAUUGGCAUUGACGAAAUUAAUGGCAUCAUGUUUGAUAAUCCGAACAUGAAUCCAGCUUAA